AUGCCACGGCCAUCGUCGUCGCCGUCUAAAUCAUCGGACCCUCCGCCGGCGGACUACCCCCUUCCAUUCCUCACCGACCCGGACGCCGCCUCAAAGCCUAUACCGCCCUCCACAACCCUCCCAUACCGUCUGAAUCUGCACCCGAUCUCCCGUCUCACCAUUGCCAACAUUUUCGCAUUCGCAGCAGUAUUCAUCCCCACCACCAUCCGUACCGCACAUAUCUCGUCAUUAGUCUAUCGAGCAGAGAAUGCGCACCGGCUUCCCGAGAAACGAGCAGAUUGGUUUCACUACCACCGAGCUAAAAACCAUUAUGCAGCUUCGAAGGGGUUAGCAGAAGGUUUUAGAAGGGCUGGAGGGGUAUGUGGGUAUGUUAGUUUAUUUUUGGUGGUUGAAGGUGCGGUUGAUGGGUGGAAAGGUGGGGUGGACUUUGUGGGUAGUUUGGUGGGGGGUGGGGUUACUGGGGGCUGGUUUGGGGUUGCUAGGAAAUUACCGUUACCGACCAAGGCGUUGAUGGUUAAGAAGGGACUUUGGUAUGGAUUCGUUUAUGGAGUUGCGCAAGAUGUUAUGCUUGCUAUGAGGGGUGAACGGGUGUUUUGGAUCGAUCCAUUUGUGAGUAGAGGGAGGGAGAUUGUAAAAAGGGGGAAGGGGGUUAGGAGUGGGGUGGGUGUGGGUGACGAUACUAGUGAGGGACGGUGA